AUGUUUCUCGUACUUAUAUUGUUCUCCUGUUUUCUUUGCAAAACAUCAUGUCAGGAACCCGACAAAUGUUUGUCAGGGUACAUGACUGAUUUACAGUCCUGGGUCGAUAGAUUUGGUAAUUUCACUGCAAAUGUGGAUGAUGAAAGUAAAUUGGACCUAUUUGGAAUACAAAGUCCUAUGCUAAAAAUUGAACAACACUUAAAAGAAUUUGAGCUCAAAGGUUAUGACAGAAUCACAUAUUUCAGUAUGGCCAAAUGUGGUUUGCAGAGUGUUCCAGAGGUUUUUAACUUACAAUAUCAUCGCGGCAAAAGAAUCGCAGAAACACUUGUAUAUAUAACAUUCUAUGGCAAUGAUUUUAGCAUGAAAUAUCUCCAAAAGAAGAAUUAUGAUGAUGCGUUAAUCGGAAUAAAUUUUGCUAGAUUCAAUGACGAAAAAAUAUUAAAUAAAGAAUACUAUCAACAUUUGUCUUCUUGGGGGAAAGGUUUCCAAGAUGUUAAUUUUGAAAACCUUUUACAACUUGAUUUAAGAGCAUGUGGUAUACAAUCGCUGGGUUCGUCUACCUUCAAUUCAAUGCCAAAAUUGUUAAUGUUAUACUUAAGUGAAAACCAGAUUCAUUUUGUUGAAGCGAACACAUUUUCCGGAUUAAAAAAUUUAAGACAUUUAGAUUUAAGUAGAAACUGUGCUCUUGAUGAUAUGAAUAGACCUAUAAGUUUUCAUUUUGAAAAUAGGAAUGAAUUUCGGGGCUCGAAAUUGGUAUCUUUGGACUUAUCAUACUCCCAGUUUGGUAACCAUAACGUACCGUUGUUUAAAGAUUUAAAACAUCUGAAAGGUUUAUCAUUAUGUUUUUCGAAUCUACGAAAACUAGGACCGAAACCCUUUGAUAAAACACAACUGAGAUUUCUUGAAGUAUCUGGCAAUAAGGAUAUAUUAAAUACUCGUUCAAUUUUUAGUGGGAUAGAGAAUUCUUUAAAAGUUCUGUAUGCACAGGAAGUAGGAAUGAAGAGCAUUGAUUGCUUGUACAAUUUGACUAAUUUGGAAAUAGCUCAAUUGAGGAAAAACGAAAUAGCUGCAUUGACACCAAACGUAUCGAUUACAUUGAAGAAAUUACAAGUUCUCGAUUUGGGUCACAACAGAAUGUUGUCUUGGUUCAAUAAAGUUAUUUCAAUGAUGCCGAAUCUUAAACUAUUAUCUUUAAACAGGAAUAAUAUGAACAUUGUUACUCAAGAAAUGUUCGAGGAUUUUCAAAACCUUUCCUAUGUUGAUUUAUCUAAUAAUUUUUUGCUUUGCAGUUGUUCUCUAAGAGAUGUAUACGGUAUUAGCAUCAAUAACGAACGUACAGAACGCUCGCUAAUAGAAUUUAUAGAUGAAAAUGAUGGGUCUGUAUUUUUUAAUGACGGUUUGAGGUACUUUAACAACGCUAUAACUAGAAGACAGAACACAACAAACUUAAGUGCUAACAGAACAUUGAGAAUCGAGAAAGAUUUUAGAGCAAGAGGUAAUUUCGUAUUGCUUAUCGAUAAAGACGAUACUUAUUCGUUCCGCUGUCUCAUGUCAUCGGAGGGAAAACUAACAAAUGUUGACAGAAUAACAAAUUGUUCCUACCUGAGUCGGAAUUACGAUAUAGAAAAAAAGGUUAAACGCGAAUGGAGAUUGUUCUUGCUGUUUCUCAUACCACUUACACUUCUACCGACUUUACUUUUCAUUUACGUAUAUAGAAAGAAUUUACGAUAUUUCUUGAUUACCAUCAAAAAUACUACCAUGCUGAGCUUGAUCAACAAAGACGAGGUUUUCAAUGAUACAACAAUAUUUAACUAUGAUGCUUUUAUAUCAUAUUGCAAUGAGGACAGAGCGUGGGUUCUAGAUUAUUUCCUACCCCACGUAGAACAGGACUGCAAUAUAAGUGUCUGUUUACACGAAAGAGACUUCCAGGUCGGUCUGUCUAUUCUCGAGAAUAUAGUGUCGUGUAUGGAUCGGUCUCGAUCUAUAAUCCUCAUUAUAUCAAAGAGAUUCCUAUUAAGUCAAUGGUGUCAGUUUGAAAUGCAUUUAGCACAACACAGGCUCUUAGAGACGAGACGAGAAGAUUUGAUACUUGUACUUCUAGAAGAAAUACCGAGACGUCUUCGUCCAAACACACUACAUUAUUUGAUGCUCACAAAAACCUACAUCUUAUGGCCCAGCGAGGAAUCAGAACGUAAUCUAUUUUGGAAGAGACUCAAAAAGAGAAUUGUCACAUUGAAAAUAAAGCAUUCCGAAAACGUUUCUUUGGCUUAA